AUGUCAGACGAUGAUUUAAUCGGACCUGCCUUACCCCCGUCGUUCAGAAAAAGCAGCCAUGAUGAUUCUGAUGACGAGGGAGGAUGUGAGUAAAGUUAGUAGUGGUUUCAUGCACAUGAUUUUUUUUGGCCGUGACUAGUAUCAUCAGCAUCAAUUCGCUCAAUCAAACAUCGAUAUUAUGGAUACUACGCUGUCAUAUUCAUGGCGUAGUUAUCUUUCUGCUUUAUACUGUAUGUUAAAUCGAAAAGGCUAGUGUCGGUUUUGGUAUUUACCUAGCUACGGUGUGCUGUCUUGUCCAAUAGUUGCAGGUCCCGCGCUGCCUCCCGGGUACAAACCGGAGUUGCUCUCGAGUUCGGAGGAUGACUUUGGCCAGGAGGAGGAGGAGGAGGAGGAGGAGGAGGAGGUGAUCAAGAGACGAAGCAAGACGAGCAGCAAGCACGAUACCAGCAGCAGACACGGCCACGGUAGCGCGACGACCAGGGAUGGACCCACCGCAGAGUAACACAUUUAGACUCACUUCUACAUUUCAGACAAACAUCAAAACAAGUUAUUUAGUCUUUGUUUUGAAGGAAAGCGCAUGUUAAAUGCCUGAAAUGGACUGUCUGCGUCAUUCUGCAGAAAACAGCGCCGAGUGGACGAGACGGUGAGUAGAAGGCUUGCGGAUGAUGAUGAUGAUGAUGAAGAUGAUGGUUUCUUCGGACCAGCUCUUCCUCCUGGGUUCUCAAAGUCACAGGCUUCACCAGAGAGGUAACCAAGACAACACAACUAGUUCUCCCUGCUUCAAACAUACAUAUUAAACUUGCUGUCAGUCAUGCAUAUAUUUGUAUAAAUGUAUUUGUUGGUUUGUGUUGAGUUGAUUGAUUCUCUUUUUCUACCUCCCCUAGGCCAGCUGUAUUGGGCCCAGCCCUGCCACCGGGCUUUCACAGACCAGCAGCUGAUGAAGAUGAUGAUGAUGGAGAUGAUCUCCAUGGGCCAGCCCUGCCACCGGGCUUUCACAGACCAGCAGCUGAUGAAGAUGAUGAUGAUCUCCAUGGGCCAGCCCUUCCACCGGGCUUUCACAGACCAGCAGCUGAUGAAGAUGAUGAUGAAUCUCCAUGGGCCAGCCCUGCCACCGGGCUUUCACAGACCAGCAGCUGA